UCCACCCAGCUCUGGGGUGUGGAUGUGAGAAGGGUGAGCAAGGAAGGCAAAUGGCCACGAGGAGCAGCUCAAACCCCAUGCCCAUGGGCGCGGCUCAGGGGGACCCGGGGGAGCCAGGACCGCAGUCGGCUCCUGAUGCUGGAAUCCGGGACACAGGUUCAGCCACUCAGCUGAAGGCGAAGCCCAAGUGUGUGCGCCGGGUCAAGGCGCUCGUCAUCGACCUGGGCUCGCAGUACUGUAAGUGUGGCUACGCGGGGGAGCCCAGGCCCACCUACUUCAUCUCCUCCACGGUGGGCAAGCGCUGCUCCCCAGCGGCCGCUGUGGGCGACGCCCGCAAGGAGACCUACGUGGGCCACGAGCUGCUCGGCGUGGAGGCGCCCCUGAAGCUGGUCAACCCCCUGCAGGGCGGCGUGGUGGUGGACUGGGACUGCGUGCAGAACAUCUGGGAGUACAUCUUCCACACGGCCAUGAGGAUCCUCCCCGCGGAGUACGCCGUGCUGGUGUCCGACCCGCCGCUCAGCCCCAGCAGCAACCGGGAGAAGUACGCGGAGCUCCUGUUCGAGGCCUUCGGCAUCCCCGCCAUGCACGUGACGUGCCAGUCGCUGCUGUCCAUCUACUCCUACGGCAAGACCACGGGGCUGGUGGUGGAGAGCGGCCACGGCGUCUCGCACGUGGUCCCCGUCUCAGACGGCACCGUGCUGCCCGGCCUGACGGGCCUCAGCCACCACGCCGGGAGCGACCUCACCAACUACCUGCUGCGGCUGCUCAACGAGGCGGGCCACAGGUUCACCGACGACCACCUGCACAUCGUCGAGCACAUCAAGAAGACCUGCUGCUACUCGGCUUUGCUGCCGGAGCAGGAGCUGGGCCAGGGCCUGGAGGAGCUGCGCGUGGACUACGAGCUGCCCGACGGCAAGCUCAUCACCCUUGGCCGGGAGCGCUUCCAGUGCGCAGAGAUGCUCUUCGAGCCCGCCCUGGUGGGCAGCUCCAAGCCGGGCCUGCAGGCGCUCACAGCCGCCUGCCUGGGCCACUGCCAGGAGGCCGGCCUCAAGGAGGAGAUGGCCGCCAACGUGCUGCUGUGUGGCGGCUGCACCAUGCUGGACGGCUUCCCCGAGCGCUUCCAGAGGGAGCUGAGCCUCCUCUGCCCCCGGGACAGCCCCACCGUGGCCGCUGCCCCCGAGAGGAAGACCUCCGUGUGGACCGGUGGCUCCAUCCUGGCGUCCCUGCAGGCCUUCCAGCAGCUCUGGGUCAGCAAGGAAGAGUUCGAGGAGCGGGGCAGUGCCGCCAUCUACACCAAGUGCUGA